AUGGGUCCUGGAGGAAAACCUAAGGUCCGGGUUCGGGAUAACCGAAAACAAAAAAAUAAAAAGGUCGUCAGCAAACCUCAGCUUAAGAAGAUCUUGGAGGGUCCAGGAGAAGCCAUCGGCGAGGAUGCGUUUGACUAUACUGAUCUUCCACGGCGGUUGGAACGGGACGUGCCUAAACAUACUGGCAAGAAAGCGUUGGAUGCUCAGGAAUACGUUCGGAGCCUUCAAUCAAGAGGGCCGGGCGGUCCGUUCCUUCUUAUUCAUUCGCGUAUAGAAGGGUGCCCGGAUGAUGUUGAGUUACUGGCUGAAGCUGAGGAAUUCGACCGGGGUGGAGAUUACAAGUUUCUCUUGAACCAAGCGACGAAGGGGUUUGAUCCCAAGAUUUCGUUGCAUGCUAUGAAACAGAUCAGGUGGAUUUGCAGGACCCCGGUGGAAGUCUGCCAGUAUGAGUUGAACGAUGACUUGAACUAUUUGCCUGAGAAUGACUCCACUUAUAAGAUGGAGAUCACCAAUCCUAGCGGAUCUACCAACGGACAGUUAACUUCUUUCUUGAGAAAGACAGGUUGGGAGAAGUUCAAGAAAUUCGUGGACGACUUACAGUUAGCAGACGCAAAGUACGAGGUGUAUUUGACGAAAAUGGCCUUUGAGAAGCUGAACUCGAAGCGUGGUAAGAAGAUCCUCACUCGUGCUGAAAUGACAGAAUUCAUGGAAGUGAUCGAUAAGAGAUUGAACAGUGUGCCAAAAGCCCUCGCCUCGCUUCUCAUCGGUAACUCUCGUGUGAUAUACCCACAUGUCUAUUUCCCAGCUUUAAAAGAUGUUGGACAGUUGGACGAGUUGGAGUCUGUUCUUACCAAUGACAGAUUUGGCUCUUGCGAUCCAAACGAGGUCAUUGCUGAUAUCAAUGAGUUGCUUCUUGAUCUUCAAUUCGUUAAGUCCCUGACCCCAGACCUCAUUCAUGAAUUCAAAGAAUGCACAAGUACUCGUGAUAACUACUUAUGGGCCAAGAUUCUUUAUAAGCCAACCCCAAGAGCCCAGGAGCUUUUCAAGUACGGCUUCUUGCAUCCCUCAGAUGAGAUAUUGAGCUGGAACGAAGGACCAAUGGUUAGACACAGAUGGCAGCUGGCAGAUGUGGAGAUACAGCUUGGACUGGAAAUGACACCACCUAAAAGGACAAUCGUUGAUCGUGUUCGUAGGAAUCUUGAACGUGAUCUCGGUGCUGCUACACAUAAAAAGAAGUUGAAGGCGGUUGUUGGAUAUAUGAGCAAAAUGAAGCCCUACCGUAAGAUUUCCGAUCCUUUCGAUAUGAGCUGUGUUGUCAAGUUUUGCUAUCAGUUCUGUGCUUUUUGUCAUACAACAGACCAUACCUUCCAGGAUUGCCCAAGAAAAGGCUGCUAUGUUUGUGGCAAUGAUUAUCAUUCGCGUGCUAACUGUCCCGAGGUUCUUAAACAGAAACAAGCCGAAAAGAAAGAAAGAGAGGAGGCAACCGAAUCAUCGGAUUCAUCUUCUGCAUCAUACAUGGACGUAUUUGACAAUGACACCGAGGUGGAGUCCGAGCCAGAAUACGACGUCCGAGAAGACUUGGGAACAGAGCCUAAAGUGAUUGUUCACAAAGAGCCAACAGUACGCCCAGGGCUGUCAGAGACGACUCUUGCUGCAGAGGCGUGA